AUGACCAUCGGACUCGACGUGAGAGCUCCCACCGGCGUCGUGGUCUCAGACUCCAUCCUCCAGGCCAGCAUUACGAGCGUGCACCACGUGCUCAAGAUCCAAGGAUACUCAUCGAUGAUGAACAGCUUCCCCAUCGGCAAAGCCCUCCGAUCGGAAUCCUUCCGCGAAAGUCGCGAGAGCGGCGGUUUCGUGUCCAUCCAUGCUGUUCUUGAUGCUGCCUACCUCGCCGUGAAGGCAGAUAUCGGGUUCGACAUGCUCGACUCCACCGGGGAGCUGCUGCCGCGCUACGCUAAAGCUAGUAGCGACGUGUGCAAUUUUCGUCUCGUCGGCGCUUACCGGGGCUACGACAAAUUCAUCGCGAGGGAGGAGCUGAAACUCCUCGACUGUUUCUCGGUCAGGUGCAACAUCACAGUCAUGGAGUUCUUUGCGGGCGGUGCCACCCCUUGCCCUCGUCCUCUACGACCCGUCGUGCCACCGCCUGAUUGGCGUCGUGAGCUUUUGCAGAGCGAGCAGGGCGCAGACGUGAGGUUCCUAGUCGGCGGGGAGACUUUCGCCGCGCACCGCUGCGUGCUUGCGGCGCGGUCGCCGGUGUUCAAAGCAGAACUCUUUGGCGUGAUGAAAGAGAGCAGCGCCGCCGGCAUACGUAUCCACGGGAUGAGGCCCGAGGUAUUCAGGAAUCUGCUGCAAUUCGUGUACACCGAGGAACUGCCACCCGUGACAGAAGAAGAGGAGGAUGAGGCAGCUAUGGCCCAGCAUCUCCUGGAAGCCGCUGACAGGUAUGGCAUGGAGAGGCUCAAGCUGCUCUGUGAGGACAGGCUGUGCAAGCACAUUAAUGUCAGCACGGUGGUGACCACGCUGGUGCUAGCUGAGCAACAUGGCUGCCCCGGGCUCAAGGAGGCAUGCUUCUGGUUCCUCCUCAAUUCCUCUUCAACGACACUGGAGGCAGUCAUGGCAACUGAUGACUUCGACAAUAUUCUUAGUAACAGUUGUCCUAAUCUAUUGAAAGAGUUGAUGUCGAGGCUUGCUUCCUCUGCCUCUCUCCACGAUUGGCAAAUAAUUGAUCGAUUGGAGGAGGAAGACGACCUUACCCUCUGCACAACCGAAGGGGGUGAGCUCCCUGAACCGGCUCACGGCGUCUUGCCUUUGGGAGCGAGAGCACCAAAACGCAUGCGUCUUUAA